UAAGAAUCAGGUAAGAGUGAUGGAGGGGAGAGGCAGAUGAUGAAGGGAAGUGAUAAGGAGAGGAAGAGGUAGAGGGACAUGGAUAGAAGGGGAAAACCUGGGCUGCUCAGGCUAGAAGGAACUCUCAUGAGGAGCUAAUCUGACCACCCGUGUGUUCUAAAGCAUUGAAAUAGAAAUGAGCAAACAUAGGUAAAAAAGUCCCCUGAAUAUUUGCUUGUCUGGAAGAAUGAAUUUGCGUGCUCCGGGCUGUGCCCUCUCCUGUGUUUGCUUUCUGCAAAUAUACAGCCCUCAGGUUUUACCCAUGCAGACAUUGGAGGAGAACUAGUCGCAGUAUUGUUCACACAAAUUAGUGCAGAGAUGAAUUGGCUCUUUCCAAAUGCCCAGUAGGGAGCAGGACCCAGCAAACCAUCCCGAGGAACCAUCCUGCCACCACGGGCUGCUGGGGAACAGACUCACAAUGACGCAUUUUUAGAAAAAUCACAGAUUUUAAGAGCAAAUUGAAUAAUUGUGACUUGCCAUCCAUAUCUGAGGAGCUUGCAAUCCACUUCCAGACAUGCCCUAGGCAGAAAAGCAGGAAGAUAGUUUUUCUUUGUGUGAAGUUUUGACUUUGCUUUUCCACAUAGGAGUGUGAAAGUGGCUGAUGUAGUGAUGUGUUCUUGAUUACAGGUGUGUUUGGAAGGGGACACAUAGAGCUCUGUGUGUUGGCAGGGCUUGUACAUGUGACUGUGACCUGGUGAAUGGUUUUAUAAGGUCAUUAGGAUCCUUUGUAGCUCUCUAGGCUGCUCUAGAGGGAAACCUCUACCCAGCUGUGGCCAGAUGUGAAGGCCAGGUGGUGUCUGCUUCUGCUCAGCUCUUCUGUUCUGCUCUUGCUGAUUCUGUUUGCAGCCCCCUAACUCUUUAAAAUUCCUGUCCAGUUGGCCCAGUCAGUCUCCUGUUUUUAUUCCAGCCAGUGGCUUGGUGCAGAUGUAAUUCUGCAGUGCUGGGCAAAGCAGUAGCUGCACUGUCCUGCUGGAAUAAGGACAUGGGACAUGCUCCUGGUAACCCUAAGGAGCUGUAGGGGUCUCCAUCCCAGCAGUACUUCUAGUUCCCCACAGAUGGGAGCAUGGGAGUUUGGUGGGACAGAGCAGGCCCUCUUCAAGCAGGGGAUUUCUGUCCAGAGGAGGAGACGUGAUGCUUUGCAGUCCCUUUCUCACUCGCUGGUUUUGAGGCCUGUAAAAAAACCAAAAAAAUCUGCUGUGUUGGGGGAUGCUGUGAGUGCCUGGGGCAGGUGCUACCUUGGAGCAGCUCUGUGCUGUGAUGGAAAGAAGAUGCUAAUCCACUUUGUCAUCUCUCCUCAGAGCAAACGGAGCCCUCAAGGAGUGGAGACCAUCAUGUCUGAAUACGGGAAAACUGGCAUGGCAUAUCCAAUGGUUCCCCAAAGUGCCUCUGAAGCAAGUAAUGAAACUGGUUGCUGGAGAUGUCAAGUCCCAAGGUACAACCGUCAGCCUCACAGAAUGCAGCAGUGGAAGGCAGUGAGGACAGCUCUGUGGGUCACUGGCCUGGAUGCUGACGUGCCUGAUGGCUUCUCGUUGUCUCCUGCACCAAGCCCGAUGAAAAAGAAGGAGACAAGGAGAGACUUUAAAAGAACAAUCUUUGGGCCUGCAAUGCCACAUCCUUUGAAUCAACAUGACCAUGGGCAGAUGAUGCUGAGCUAGUGGCUGUGUGUCAGGGCGUGUCGCGUCAGCCAGAAUGCAUGGAGUGAAACCUACCCCUCCAUGCAGCUGCAUCUCCUUGGGCUGCAUUGUUUAAACCCAUCCCAAUAUCUCUGAAACUUACGCUUUGGAAAUCAGGAAGGAUGCUCUUUUUCUUGGCAUUUGCAGUAUUACCUGGGAAGGAAGACUACUGCUGGCCUUGACCCAAGAGAAAGCCUCCAGAAUGGGAGGUUCAGAAGAGAAAAGCAAUUCCUUUAGAGGGUUUUAUAAUUGAUCUGAGUCACGGGAAGCAAUUAAUGUGGAGCCCCAUGGUAUUGCUUCAAAGCAAGGAUGGAUUUUCAAGUUCGUAACAGAUAAAACCAAGAAAAGGGGUCCAGUGGAAAUUUGUGUUUUGAAUGAAUGAAGCUCCUCCUGCAGCAUUUGCAAGUGCAGCUGGUUUUCAGAGAGUUUUUUUCCCCUUCUUUUUAUUGAAAAUGCCAAACUGUUGAAAGCAAAACAGCUUGUGAAAAUGCGUGGAUUGUGAGGAAACUUCAGUCUCACAGAAAGAAAAAGGGAGGAAGUGGUCAAAACAUCAAAAUGCUUGUGCAUAAUACACUGUAAUGUAUAUAAAAUAAUUUAAUAGUAAUGGGUAAUUAAAAUCAGGACAAAACGUUUUGAUUUUAUCCAACUGUGCUGAGUUGACUGACUCAAAAUGAUUAAAUUCCAGUUCACAGGGAAAACUCUGCCUUUGUUUUGUUCCGUUUUGGAACAUGGGCUGUUUUGAAACACUGGACUCUCCUGAGGAGCAAACUCCCAAUUUCCUCUCGGCAAUAGCUGCUGUGAGAGGUGGGCUGGUCUGAUGGAGGAGGGGAACGGGGUCCCCACCAGGGAGCUGGGCAAGACUUAUAGUGAAUUCCUACAGGAAAACUGAGCGUGGUAUUGACAUUACCCACAGCAGAAACCCAUCCUGGGGAGGGUGAGGAUCCAAGGCGUCUGGGACUCCGGGGUUGGCUUCAGUGGUGUGCACGGAAAAUGCAACCUCCUAGGACCUGUGUAAACUGGCUGGGCCAGUGAUAUCUUGAUGAGUAGUGGCUCUCAGUGGUAAAUAAUUUGGUUGAAAGCACAUGUGCAGUUGGGGGGAGAGCAACACAUACCAAAGUCUUCUAACAGGGCAAAAACGUUUUCUUCCUCUGCUCAUCCAAACAUCUCUUCUCCUGGGAUGCUCUGCUAUACACCAUGCACAGCCUGUCACUAAUCUGGAGGUCACAGCUCUGGCUCAUCACUGACCCCUCUACCCCAUUCUUUUUUUCUGGGGUUAUUAUAUGAAAGCAAAGACAAUUUAGUGCUGGUGACACAAGCAAGGAUGAGGAAUUAAAAACAUAUUCAAAUCCAGCUUCCUUUCUGAUGUGGUGCUGGCAAGUCGCAAGUAAAUCUGAGAUAGUGAGUAGUUGUCUUUCUCUGAGCACAGCCAAGGGAAGAUAGACCUGCUUUUUAUGA